UACCCGAUUCUAGCCAUUUUAGCUUAUGGUCUUAUGGAUAUGGAUGGCGCAGAGAAUUUUGCAAACCAAUUCUAAAGCACGUAUAUGAUAUCAUGCGUCAUCGAGUUACACACACAUGUAACUUUGAAUUAAACAGACUGACUGCAUACACACGACGUUCAUCCGUGGGGUACGGUCAUCGGUGCGGUGUUGCGCGGUUUUGUGCAGUGUGUGGGAAGAGAUUUCGUCUCUGCGGUUUCUCGCUAUCUCGCGGUAUUGAUGAUUUCCAUUUUAGGAAAUCGUACCCGCUUCUAGUAUGUUAACCAAGAAACCAAAUCGGGGUUUUGGUACCAUUGCAAAAGUCGCUUUUCUCGUUGAAUUAUCGGGGUUUUGUGGGGCUUAUGCACUCUGGCAUCGCAUGAACGUAUCACAGGAUUUCAGGUAUUAUAUUAACAAUAAAUAUCCAAAAGUUCUUAACUGGUAUUAUACUCUCGGUGAACAACUGGACCCAUCUCUGAAUGUGAGAACCCUAGAUAAAGUAACCUGGCAAUCUACAAAAAAGCUCGAUGCAUAGGACUUGAUGGCGUUCGUCAAGUCCUUUGUCCUAUUGAUUUCUGGUGGAAGUUUAGGAUACCUACUUGUGAAUCUUAUUAAUCUCAGCCAGUCCGAUGUAGUUAAGUUUUUCUACGAAAGUCAAGCAUCUCUCGAAUUCGAAGACAAGCGUCAAGGAAAGCAUAUUAUUGAAGUCAGCUGUCCUAUGCACGAAGAUAGUCAAUUAGACAAAGGCCAAAACACUAAAGGUGACAAAUCAAAAUAACAUUCAAUACAAAUCAUGGAUCCUCCUGUGGUGGUAGAGGGAAGCUUGCCCGAUCGAAUUAACAAGAGAGAUCGGGAGCGUAAGAAUGUAAUUGAAAAGAGGCGUGAGGAAAGGCAGCAACUAGCUGUGGAGUCAGAGCAAUCCAGCUACUUUAAGGAAACCUUUUAUUCUUCAUGUUCUAAAGUCAAAGACAUGCUUAAUACUGUAUCUAGUGCUCCUAUUUCCACUCUGCCAAGUAUUUUUGACAAGGUUAAUAAGGAAAUCCUAACUUUGAAGAAUUACCUGCAUCAGUCCAAGAUGUUCCUCAAGGUAUACGACAUUCGAAAGGCUCAGGAAAAUCUGCAAAUGCUCGAAAGCGACGCCUUGGAAUUGGAGACGAAGCUUCUCCCUAAGAAGAAAUUUGGAUUUAAGAACCGAAGGGUCGUGAAGAAACCGUCUGAUAAUACGCACGAUGUUACGGAUGGUUUGAAGGAUCUCAAGAUAUCGGAGGGUAUAGUGAACGGUUCGGGGAAUCAGAACAAGAAGUUGUCCAGCAAACACGGAGACAGUGCUUGCAUGUUGCUGGGGAAAGUGGAUGAGCGUUUAGUUCUCGAUGCCGAGAACGUCAACAAAAACGACGUCCUCCUCUCAGAUCUGACGCGCUGCACAGUGCGAAUAUAUGGUGCCCCCAGUACUCUCCACAUGGUCAACCUAAAACAAUGUACAAUCCUAGUCGGACCCAUCUCGUCGUCCGUUUUCGCCCACGAUUGCAGUGACUGCACUUUCGCUUUCGCAUGUCAACAACUCAGACUCCACUCGUCGAGUAAUUGCACAAUAUACCUGCACGUAACGAGCAGAGCUAUUAUAGAAGACUGUACCAAAAUCCGCGUAGCACCCUAUAACUGGUCUUAUGAAGAUCAACUAAGCCAUUUCAAUCUCGCGGGACUCGAUCCCAAGAUUAACAACUGGAAUUGCGUUGAUGACUUUAAUUGGCUCUCGAGCGAGAAGAGCUCGCCCAAUUGGUCUGUUCUCGAACCCGAGUCUCGGCUAAAAAGCUGGGACUGACGAAAAUAAAAGGCUGUAAAGAUCGUUUAUCAAAUCGCUUGUUUAACUACCCUAGAGCUGUGAAUGUGAAAAAUUGGAAUGCAUAAUUUUUUCUACUGGAUAUUUACUUAUGUUUGAGGCUGUUUAUCAAUUUAGUAAAUUAUUUCUAGGUAUUUUCCAAUGUUUUAAUGCAUCACUCAAUCACGUAACACUAGUCUAAUAAUGUUAGACUGAAACGUCUCUUUUUCAUUCCAAGAACUCGUGAGAAAAUUCAGUCUCUCGAGUACAGAAUUUGUAACGGGCUUUUAAAAAUUAGUGUACGGUAUUCUAAAAUUUGUGUUUUAUCACUAAACAAAAAUAGUCGAUACAUUAAUUUAAAUCACAAUAAAAUGUUAAUAAUUUUCUAAGUUUAUAUCAAGCAAUCUUUAGCUAAUUUUGUAGUUUCUUACGAACAAAAGAAUCGCGAUUUUCUGAACAGAGUUCUACAAAUUUAAAUGCACAUAUUCCAGUAUUAAUAUGAAUUUAAUUAAAUCCUAAUUCAUUAAUACACUUUUUCUAAGUAAAAACGUUUCGAUAAUCAAACAACACUACAAUAAUCGAAAAUAUAAAAUUUUAAUAAAAAUAGAAUAAAGAUUGUAGUCUUUUAAGAGCAUAUUUCAGCACAUUAAAAAAAAACAUUCCGUCUUAUAUAAGCCGCAUAUUUUCUACUCCGCAAAGCUGCUUUGAGAGAAAUGUUUGAAUGUGUAAAAUUCAAGAAAUUUUUCACAUUUUCAACUCUACUGAUUUUUAUUUAUGAUGCAAAUAUUGACGAACUGGUCUUAAAAAUUGCUUGUACAUAUAUCUUCGUUCACAGGUCGAACGAAAGUUUGUCGUACUUUCAUACAGAUUUCCUGAACGCAACUAGACGAUUGAAAGUGGAGUAUAAAAUCAAUGCUUGAUAUGGUAGUGUUGAAUACAAAUGAAAUUGAUCAACUUUUAUAGAUUGUGAGUCGAUCUGUGUUUUGUAUUGAAUUUCGAGAAAGAGAAUGAGAAAUUAGUUGUUGGCUGUUUGCGUUGAUACUAUUACUCUUUUUAAAGAAACAUAUAAUUUAUGAGUGUAACAAAUUAUUCUGUGAAAGGCGCUCAGCACGGUUUUCUGAUGGAAAUAAACUGUAAUAUAUUAAUAA